GCUAGGCGGCUCUUAGGGGGCUUUUCAUAAAACAGGGCUAGGUUCCUAUAAAGGAGGCCAGUUUUGGAGCAGGCGCUGAGCAGUGAACAUCUACCCACCGUCCAGCCUCUUUCCAACCAGUUCAAACUAAACAAGCCAUCUUUCCCCCCCAACUCAGACCGCGCGUCCUUCUCAUUUUUGCUUUUAUUAUUUUUUUUUUUACUUUCUAACCCACUUUUGGGUCGUUUUGGUUUGACUUUUUUCCCGGGAAGUGCAGCUUUCUAACUCCACCGAGCCUUCUCAAAUGUAUAAAAUGGAGUAUUCUUACCUAAAUUCCUCUGCCUACGAGUCAUGUAUGGCCGGGAUGGACACGUCGAGCUUGGCAUCGGCCUAUGCGGACUUCAGUUCGUGCAGUCAAGCCAGUGGGUUUCAGUACAAUCCCAUCAGGACCACUUUCGGGGCCACCUCCGGCUGUCCUUCCCUCACGCCGGGGUCCUGCAGCCUGGGGACCCUGCGGGACCACCAGAGCAGCCCCUACGCCGCAGUUCCCUACAAACUCUUCACGGAUCACGGCGGACUGAACGAGAAGAGAAAACAGAGGCGCAUCCGGACAACCUUCACCAGCGCCCAGCUGAAAGAGCUGGAGCGGGUUUUUGCAGAAACGCACUACCCGGACAUCUACACCAGAGAGGAGCUGGCACUCAAAAUCGAUCUGACUGAAGCCAGAGUGCAGGUGUGGUUCCAAAACCGGCGCGCCAAGUUCCGCAAGCAGGAGCGGGCAGCUGCAGCGGCCGCAGCGGCUGCCAAGUCCAGUUCUGGAAAGAAGUCAGACUCCAGAGAUGAAGACAGCAAAGACACCAAAUCUACCGACCCCGACAGCACAGGAGGACCGGGCCCGAACCCCGUGCCCACCUCCAAUUGCGGCGGACCCAGUCCGACCGGAGGCCAGGUCAACACCACCGGGAACGGACAGGUAGACCAAGUGAAGACAUCCGUGUCCACCGGCAUGGGGGUGACAGCACCCAGCCAAGGAUGGGCCACCGCCCCGGGAACCAUCACCUCUAUCCCGGACUCAUUGGGCGGGCCAUUCGCCAGCGUACUGUCGUCUUUGCAAAGACAGAACGGAGCCAAAGCUACAUUAGUAAAGACCAGCAUGUUCUAAUGAAGCUUCACAGCGGGGGAAGAAACACAGAGCAGAGUUUCCUCAUCCUCCGGAGACUGACAAGCAAUUGCCUGAGACAGACUCACGGACAAUAAAAAGCAGUUAAAAAGAAGAUAACAACUCUGUUAUUUUAUUUUUAUGCCUUGCGCCGUUCUUGUGGUCAGUGGACCCUUUUGCUGUAAAAAUAUCCAUCUUGACAAAUUACAUUGUCUUAUAAUAACUUUUUUUUUCUUAAAACAAGUGCAAGUUGGGUGACAUGUUUCAAAGGCGUUUUACUGUACUAAUAACAAAAUGACACUGAAAAUACCGCGCAGAACAAGAAACCAUACCGCCUCUUGUUUUAAGAAAAAAUGACACAUUUAAGACUGAAUACUGGACGACGUGGCUUGUUGAGAUGAACAUUUUCAUGAGAUGGGCCAAAUUUAUGAGCAUACACAGACGUCUGCGCACUGGAAACGCGACGUGCCAUCAGUGAGCAAAGGAGUCUUGUUAAGUCACAUUAUAUGUCAGAGUUCAACAGCUGCUUUGUUUGGUAGAGAGACGUUUAAUAUCCUUGACCGAGGAUGCUCCCUCACAAAUCCACGGUCUGACACAACAAUUACCCAACGAGACGCUGACGCAUUUUGCUACUCUGUUCUCUAUACACACAAUCUGCUGUUCGGAAGUAGCCUCUUGCAGCUGUGUUUUUGUUUCCAGGGCUGCUGAGAGUUUAGUUUCUUUAAAUUAUCGAUAUAAACACAAUUAUUUCCUCGAGAGAAAAAAGGCACAAACUACUGCAAUGUUCACCUCUGACAGGAAAUCUGUAUGUUUUGUGUGUCUUUCUACGGCAGUGUUUUUGUGGCUCAAAUUGUAUAGUGUUAAUACGUAUUAUUGUCUCCUAUAGUUGAACCAUAGGCCAUAUUCCCUCGUAGAUCGAUCAUACAAGUCUUUUUGAUGUUUUACAAAAUUCCCUCGAAGAAUUUAUUUUGGGUAAAAAAAGGGAAUGGAUGCAAACAUUGUAUUUAUUUCUAUAUAAUUUGCAUGUUGUCUUUGUCUGAUUUUACAAUGAUUUCCCUUCCAUUUUGUGAGCAUUAUGUAACUUGUUUUGUCCAGGAUCUGAAAGUUAUUUAUAUGUAGGUAAUGAAUGCUUAUAUUUAAGAAGGAAAUAUUUCUACAUGUGCACAUAGUUUUCCAGGUGUACCAUUGAAAUGGUUGUUGAUGAUAAAAAAAAAUAAUAGU